AUGAACACGACUUGGUUCACAACCGAACGACCUGAACACGGCACUGUCCCUCCUUCCCCUCGUGGCCACUCUCGACCACAUUCUCUCUGGGCUGCAUUGACGUUUGCUUGGUUGCUGGUCGAGUCCCGUCAAAAGGAAUGCUAUCAUUUGCAGAGAAAAGUCGGGCAUGGGAAGAUGGGAUCCGCGCAUAAGAAAGCUUUCGUACGAAGUAUCUCCACUCCACCGUUCGGGUUGCUUCCUAUCAAGAAACAGGCCACCCUUUACCGCCCAAUCCGGACCGGUUCACGACUUUGCUGCCGAACCACCCAACACCACUCACUGCACUGGUCCUGCAUGGUAACCAAGUGGUGUCAAUGGCCCCGUACGGUGGUGUAUAGAUGAUGAUGAGGCAUCAAAUUUGUCUUGCACCGGAUCAAUCACCGUAACUAAAAGCGGGCGGUUGGUGCUGUUGGUGCGGUUGCCGCUGGCUGCCAUUCAUUGCAUGCUAUCUUUGAGCCCUCUCCUCUGCCCUCUGCUUUGCCCUUUGACUUUGCCCGCUCGUGGCGAAUAGCUGUGAUGGGACGAGUACUUGAUACCUGAGCAAUCCCUUUGGCUUAAGAAGCGAGGAUUCCUCUGCUCCUCCUUGCACAAUCAUAAUAUCACUUCGUUGGACACCUUACACAGUCAUCCAUCAUCAUCAGCAUCAUUCCUGCUGUCAGCGUGCAGAACUAGAGCUUUUGAGGGGUAGCAUAGCGUUGCGAAGGUCUCCACAGAGUACUCGCACUGGCAAUCCCACUGGCACUGCACUGCACUACUGCCAAGUCCUCGUCCUCGACCCUUGAGUCUUGACCUCUUGACUUCUCCCCCUUAUCCCUGCGACACAUCUAACCUCAGAUUCUCAUACAGACCCUGGGGGACCACCACCACACGACAGGACAGCCAACGACCUUUGGCAUCCCCUUUCCCUUGCCAUCGCCCUCAACUCCUGUCCCGUCCCAUCACCAACGUGCCUCCCUCUUGUGGCAUCUGCCGAACGCUCAUCUCUCAUAUCGUGAACUUCCUCCCACCAGCGGCUGUCUUCCCACGAAGCACCCAGUUGUGUAGGGCAACUGCAUUUGCAUUUGCAUUCCAUUUGCAUUACCAAAAAUCCGUGACGGUUGCUGUUGUGCUUAAACCCGCCCCGGCCUUGCAGGUUGGUGGUGUCGGUACUUUGGCUGGUUUAGCCGCAUCCAACUAACCUAGUCCCGACCUCUGACCUCUGACCUCCACUGCUAGCUUGAUCUUUAUCUGCUGGCGUUCACCGUUAGCACUGAUUGUCUACCCCAUCAACUUGUUUGCUCAAGAUCGCCACUCCCACUCCCACCCGCACUCCACAACCAUUCCUACCACGUCCCCAGACGCAAGAGGUCCGUCCGUCCAGCUGCUGAAGGAGAUCAGGCGUUGCGCGGCCUGCGAAAUAGCCGUCGUCUUGUCGGCUGGUGAUUCAAGUGACGAGAGACCGAGAGACUUGGGCCGAUAAUACUACAACCCUGAUCCAACGACCGCCCUCCACCCAGCAUACACCACCAGACACACGACCGAUCAAGCUGCAGAAGAUAUCAUGGUGGUCGCAACAAUCAAGAAAGUGCCGCCGACCCCUUUUCUGCGAUUCCCAACUAACAGGCUUGCAGGUGUGUGGUAGUUGGGGAUGGUGCCGUGGGCAAGACCUGUCUCCUCAUCAGUUACACGACCAACAAAUUCCCGUCGGAAUACGUCCCUACCGUCUUUGACAAUUAUGCCGUCACUGUGAUGUGAGUUUCGACGCUCCAGAUACCAAGAUAUCGAGGUGCCGAGGCACGCAUAAAUCCAGAUCUAAUAUGGCCCACAGGAUUGGCGAUGAACCAUAUACCCUAGGACUCUUCGAUACCGCUGGACAAGAAGAUUACGAUCGUCUACGUCCUUUAUCAUACCCGCAAACCGAUGUCUUCCUCGUCUGCUUCUCCGUCACCUCCCCCGCAUCCUUCGAAAACGUGCGCGAGAAAUGGUUCCCAGAAGUGCACCACCACUGCCCAGGCGUUCCCUGCUUGAUCGUGGGUACCCAGACCGAUUUAAGAGAGGACCAAAGUGUAAGGGAGAAGUUAGGCAAGCAGAAGAUGUCACCAGUCAAGAAGGAGGAUGGAGAGCGAAUGGCCAAGGAGUUGGGUGCGGUCAAAUACGUUGAAUGUAGUGCUUUGACGCAAUACAAGUUGAAGGAUGUAUUCGAUGAGGUGCGUUCUUAUUCCCUCUCGGUGUUCACUGACCAGAUUUCUGACAUGAAUGACAGGCAAUCGUAGCAGCUUUGGAGCCACCGAAACCCGUCAAGAAGCCACACAGAUGUUUAAUACUUUGAUCUUCUUUCAGACCAGACUCGAUGAUGCCAAAAAUCCAAACUUUAUACCAGCUCCCUAUACAAUAUCACCCUCCUAUACAUCUUCCCGUCUUCUUUUCGCGAGCCAAAUUCUAUGACCAGUUCGGGGGUGGCGCAAUCUCUGUUUUGAAAAUGGGCAUAUUAAGUGGGGGAAGACUUUCGAUCUGUCGCCGCAAUUUGCUGCGAAUUGGAGGGAUAUGGAGUUUUUGCACGUCGUACCCCCUUUACCUCUGCCGGUAAUCACAGAAUGAUCUUCUCCAGGAUUUGUACCUUGAAAGGAAGGAUGGAUAUAAAGAUCGUAUUGCUCCAGGAACAUGCCUUGAGCGAGUUUUUUUCUCUCCUAUUGGGCGUGGUCUUUUACUGCGAGGCACAAUCUUUUUUGCUUCGUGCGCGGCUCUAUUUUUCGGGUACCGAAUCUUUCUGUUUUCGAGGUCGUCGUUUUUUUACUACUUAGCGUUUUGCAAGUUCUCUCCU